AUGGGGGACGUGUCGGAGUCGCUGAGGGUGGCACGUUUGCAAUUGCUGAGUCGCGAGGAGUGCGAGGCGGCGGUGGCAGACCCCCGAUGGGCAGGCAGGCAGCUCUGCACCAAACCCAUCCACGGCGCAGCCACCCCUUGGAAGGGAGACUCAGGCGGCCCGCUCGUCCAAGAUGGAGUUGUGGUGGGUGUGGUGUCAAGGGGUUAUUGGCGUAAUUCAUUGGCUCUCUACACGCGACCACAGUUACCUGGUGGUGAUUCUGAGACCAGGGAUAGAUUGUUGCAGGAACCCACGUGCUGGGCGGACUCUUUGGGAGGCAGAGGCGUCUGGAAAGAACGGGUCAAAAUCCGCGAACCAGUGACUGUCACUUCCUUCCUUGUCAUCACCUGCUUCGCUUUAUCCUCCUUCCUCUUCGGCUUCAGCGGACCCGGCUACGCCAGUGCUGCCCUCUUCGUUGUGACGACUGGCAUCACUGUGACAGAGAUGUUAAAAGAAGAGGAGAUAGAGAUUCUUCAAUACGACGAGAGGCACCUCAAGACGGAGACCUACAGAAUUCUGUCGCAAAUGCAGUGUGAGAAACAGAUCACGCAUUUCAAGGACAAGGAUGACUGGCAUAAUAAUCUGCUCUGCACCAAGCCAUUCCCCGGAAAGUCUGUGUAUGAUUCCGGCGGGCUGCUUGUCCAAGAUGGAGUUUUGGUUGGAAUUUGGUGUAGGAUUACUGAAUACAACUCAUUCUUCUUGCGAGGCGAUUCAGGUGGACCAUUCUUCAAAGAUGGAGUGGUGAUCGGCAUUGUCUCCGCGUUUGCAAAAGAAAUAAACCUGGCAUUCUUUACUCGAGUAUCUCAAUAUGUGGACUGGAUCCAGAAGAGAAGUGGCCACCUGCACGAUCUAUAA